UGUAUUCAUUCGAAAGUGAAAAUGUUUAAGAAUUCAGCGCGUCUUGUUAGCUUGUUUGCCUGGCUUGCCAUAAGUCUGGCACACACGAUCACGCCCACCAUCAAGGAAGGUGCCACGGAUUUACAGGUGACACCGUUUGUGCAAAUCGGCAAUGGAUAUUAUUAUUUUGAGAACACUAUAAAAGCCAAUUGGUUUGCUGCCUUUGAGGCGUGUCGUCGCAUGGAUGCCAGUUUGAUCAGCUUGGAGACCACUCAGGAAUGGCAGGCGAUCGCCAAUCAUUUGAACUCUUUUGGCUAUCCCAAUCACUAUUGGACAUCGGGCACCGAUUUGGCCAAACAAAGUGAGCACGUUUGGUUUGCCAAUGGCAAAGCCUUGACCAUCGAUGCCUGGGCACGCGGACAACCCGAUAAUGCUGGCAAUAACGAGCACUGCGAUCAUUUGGUCUACAAUCGCGAAAAUCCGCUAGUGAGAGAAAUGAAUGAUCAGCCUUGCACCGCCAACAUGAAUUACAUUUGCGAAGCACGUCAACCCUAUACAGUGUCAUUUGUUGUUUGGUAAACGAUCUUAAAUAAACGUUUAUUCAUUUGCAAUGCAUAUUGUCCGCAAAAUUUAUCUACAAUUAUUAUUACGGGCU